AUGUCUAACCAAUUUUUACCAUCAGUGUUGUAUGCUCCGAGUCUCGAGCAUCAAUUGCACACUCAUCAGCAACCUGAAACUCGUCUGAACUCGAACUCGAACUUGAACUUGAACCUGAAUUUGAAUUUGAAUUUGAAUUUGAAUUUGAAUCUGUACCCUGUUUCAUCCAAUCGACAACAAUUUCCACCAGCUAAACCAUUAUUACCCCCUCAUCAACCAACACUCAAUAGCGAUCCAUACCACGCCAAUAGUUUCUACGCUCAGCAGAAUAGUUACCAGUAUCAGAUGCAACAACAGCAGCUACAACGGGAGCAAGAGUUACAACAAGAGAAGCAGCGCCAACAAUUGGGGCAAACGCCACAGUCUCAUAAAUCUCAACCUCACACACAAGCACAGGCACAGGCACAAACACAAGCACAGGCACAGGCACAGGCACAGGCACAGGCACAGGGUUUUGUUCUUCCACAACCUACUCCAACUCCAAAAAGAAAGAGAGGCAGGCCACCAAAGAAGAACUCUUUUGCAGAGAGAAUCACCACCACGGUAAAUAUCUCCGUCAACACUUCACCGCUACACGGCAGUCCUGCCGAGUCAAACUCCAACAUGGCAGCCAAACAAGGCGCUCCAAAUGUGUUUACACCCUUAAUGCGAGUCAGUCCUAGCAACAAAGGUAAGAAGAAGAGAAAAUACUCCUCGACAUCCACGGUGUCCAACUCAUCGCCAGUGAUGAGCGUGAAAAGAUCAAAGUCGUAUACUUCAAACUCCGAAGCAACAGGACUGCUGCUAGCAACACCCUUGACUUCCCAAAGCACAUACUUUCGACAUUCAAAUUCUAACUCCAGUUUAAAUUCUUACCUUGUCGAUAAGAAAGCAUUGGACAAUAUGUCAAGGAUCACACAGUCCCAAGGAUACUAUGGCACCCCGCCUGCUACAUCAAAUACCCUUCACGAGGAAAAUGCGAGGGUUGCUCUUGUGCCUGUCACUAGUACUGCUGCUACUGCUGCUGCUGCUGCUGCUGCUGCUGAGACUACCACUAAUAAUGAUAUUGUUAAUGGUAUUGCUACUAAUACCAAAACAACACCAUCAGCUACAACUUUAUCGACAGUACCUGUUGCACCCACUCAUAGCAAGUCUAUGUCAUUACACUACCAGCAGAACACUGCUACAGACAUGGCUCAUGAUAAUUUAGAACCACGUUUUGCUCAUGCACGCAGUUUUUCGGAGCAAAAUACCAGAAACCUUUUGCCUCCUGUUUCAUUAAUGGGAGCAUUUAACGAGCCUGUUGGUCGAUCAACAGAGUCUCAUAAGCUGACUCCAGGAACACAGCCAACACUGACAUUGACACUGACACUGACACUGACACUGGCACUGGCACUGGCACUGGCAGGAGUUUUGACUGCCAAAUCUGCGCCGAUUUCAAGAAAACACUCGGAAGAUUUCCUUUUACUGUUGACUGUAGACAAACUGGGUAAGGCGGUUUUUUCGACCAAUGCAUUUUCUUCUGAGAAUUCUACUUUUGCAAACAAAAAAGAAACGGUCAUUGACGAUAAAGCCAAAAAAGAUAACAAUGUCGAAGACGAACACCAGAAUGGUAAAAAGAAGUCGAUCUUGGCGUAUUCUUCUGAUGACACAGAAGCUGUUGUUAACCAUGGCCAUUCAGCACCAAGGACGCCAUUAAGGAGGCACAAUUCUGAUAUUACAGGGUUAGCUACGCAUCAGAAACUUGAAUCGACACAACUCGCUUCGAUUGACGAAAUCAUGUCCAUAACAAAUACACCAACAGCUCCUUCCUCGCAAUCACAACCACAACCACAGCAAAAUACUCUGCUACAACCACCAUCACAAACGUUGCCACAAACACCACGAGACCUCAAUGGUAUACAUAAUAGUAGCUUCUUAUCAAAUUUCUCAACUGGAUUGACUCCGAUGUUCAACCUUACGCCACAGUUUAACUCAUUGAUGAAUUCAGUGAUGAGCUUAAACUCCCCGCAGUACAAGAAACUCGGAGGAAGUCAUAGCAACUACAAUUUGAUGAUGAAUCCAUUUUUGGCAAAUAACCAAGAUUCUAUUUCUUCGUCAUCUUUGUCAAUGUCUUUGCCUAUGGGAUCGUCGAUUCCAGGAUCUACAGUACAGUUGCCAUUACCUGAAUCGACUCCAAUACUUCCUCCUCAUCAUCAUCAUCAUCAUCAUCACCACCACCACCAAAGCGUAGGGUCUACAGAGAAACAAAGAGAGGUUGACAAUGAAGAAAAUAACCGUGAAGUACUUGAUCAACAACACAUACUGCACCAUCAACACCUGGAUCAACCUGCGGAGCACGAAGUAUACCCGCAAGUGACAACCUUUCAUGCCUACAGUGAAAAUAGUGGCAAUGCGCAACGAUAUGAAGCACGUUCAAUAGAUCUGAAUGUUGAUGACGCUACAGGAGGUGUGAGCGACCAUGCAAACUCCUCGGAUGAGUCUGGUGAUGCGCGAUUAGCGUUGAAAAGAGUGAUGUAUGAAGGAAAGUAA